AUGGAAACGGAUUUUGGGGUUCAAGAUCUCGAUUUAUCAAUCUCCAACGAAGACGACAUAAGCAAAUCUUUCAAAAUGCCAGACAUGGCGCGUAUGUCAACCCCAAAGCCUGUUAUGUAUCUGGGAUCUUCUACAGAGUUCCAGCGUCAAAGUUCGGGGGUACCAAGAACACCCUACAAACCUGGCACUGGCUAUAGAUCUGGUACAGGCUUCAAACUAACCACAAACUUCAAUAAACCAGGUACUGGCUUCAAGCCAGGAACAAGCUUUCGACCUGGUACUGGAGUAGACAUUGUUAGCCGGCCUAUGACUGCUGUCAGAGGGGCUGGAUAUACAUCUCAUGGAAAACCAUUUGACCCUCUGAAUCAAGCAGCUUCCCUACCUGCUCCACCUCUGGAAUUACAAAAGGAUGAUUCGCCGGAAGAAAGGAUAAGACAGCAAGAACUGAAAAUUAUGCAACUACUGGAGGAAGCUUGUGUUGCCCAGUCUGAAAAUGAUUUCAGAAAAGCUUUGGCCAAAGCAAAAGAUGCCUCAAAUAAAGAGAGGCAUCUGAUAAGGAUGCAGGAGCAAUCUGGGCUAGGAGAUCAUCACAAUAUUGACCUAACUUAUGCUGUUCUGUUUACUUUGGCUAAUCAAUAUGCAUCAAAUGAGUUGUACACAGAAGCUAUCAACACCUAUCAGAUGAUAACCAAAAACAGGAUGUUCUCAAAUGCUUAUAGACUGAAAGUGAACAUGGGGAACAUUUAUUUCAAGCAGGGUGAAUAUCAGCUAGCUGUCAAGAUGUUUCGCAUGGCUCUUGAUCAGGUACCUUCCAGUCAAAAAAAUCUCAGGAUAAAAAUAAUGCAUAAUAUCGCCAUGGUUUUCAUCAGAAUGGGUCAAUGGGAAGAAGCAGUGAGUAGUUUGGAAUACAUAAUGAGUGAACAAGCAUGCCACAGGGCUGGGCUGCAUUUGGUUGUGUGCUGUAAAGCCCUGGAAGACAAAGAAAGAAUGAGAACUGCUUUUUCUCUCUUACUUUCUGUCCCUCUCAAUAUUGAUGAUGAAGAAAAAUAUAAUUUAGAACAGGAUUCUCCUGAAGACAUGUUGAUUGCUCUAGCAAUCCAAAAUGACGAUUUACACAAAUACGAGACUCAAAAACGCAAAGAAGCCGAAUAUUGUAUCAACACCGCUGCCAAAUUGAUCGCACCAUUCAUAGAAGAAUCCUUCAGCGAUGGUUAUGAUUGGUGUGUGGCCACCAUAAAAAACUCUGAAUACGCAAGAUUAGCUUCGGACUUGGAAAUCAACAAGGCGGUUAUGUUUCUCAAGCAGAAACAGCUGCCAGAGGCCAUUGCAACCCUGAAAGCUUUCGAAAGGGAUUCUAUCAUUGCUAUCAAUGCUGCUGUGAACCUUAGUUUCAUCUAUUACCUGCAAGGAGACUAUGAUAAUGCAUUGAAAUAUGGGGAAGUCGUUGAGAAAACGAAUGCCAAGAGUGCAGAAGGUUAUGUGAAUUAUGGCGCGAGUUUGAUGGUAAAAGGAAAGUUGGGCGAAGCAGAAAGCUGCUUCCAGAAAGCCCUGAAAAUCGAUCCCACAUUUUUCGAGGCUAUUUUCAAUCUCGGGCUAUGUUUGAAGCGACAGGGACACUACAACGAAGCCCUAGGUUGCUUCCAGAGGUUCUCAGGGUCUUUAGCACUGCUUCCUGCUGUCGUCUAUCAAGUCGCUAACUUGCUGGAGCUGAUCGGGGAUAACGAAGCUGCAGCUGACACUUACCAGCAGCUGCUGGGAUUGGUUCCCACCGACGCUAAGGCGCUACAGAAGCUGGGUGAAAUUUACGAUCAAGAAGGCGAUAAGCAGCAGGCUCAUCACUAUCACACUGAUUCUUAUAGAUAUUAUCCUGCAAACCUGUCGGUUGUCGAUUGGUUAGGAUCGUACUACAUCGAGAUGCAAGUGGUGGAAAAGGCAUUGACUUAUUUCGAAAAGGCUGCCAUAAUGCAACCGAACGAGCCAAAAUGGAACAUGAUGGUUGCAGGCUGUCACAGACGUAGUGGAAAUAUGCAUAAAGCACUGACUUUGUAUCAGGAUAUACAUAAGCAAUUCCCUGAUAAUGCGGAAUGUCUGAGAUUUUUAGUGAGGUUAUGUAGCGAUCUGGGCAUGAGAGAAGCUCAGGAUUAUCUGAUGGAACUGAAAAAGUUGGAGAAAACCAAAGAAGUACGGGAGAGGGUAAACAGUAGUAGACCUGGGUCACGAAGAAGCAAUAGCGGCCUAUCGUCGAGAGCCGGAUCUGGAUUCAGUCCGGUCCCGGAAAACGCCCCCGUUGCGAGCCCAUUGCAUUCUGGAAACAGAAACUUGCGCUCUGCAAGACUGGCGCAUGCCCACAACAGCGCUGGCAGCAUGGAUUCAGGGUUUGCCCAACCGACAGUCGAUGCAAGUUAUUCUGAUCCCUUGGGCCCGCAACCGAUGAGGCCUAGGACAGGAGCUGGGAAAGCGUUAGAUUUCGAUGAUUUUGGAAAUGAAGAAUUGGGUGAUGAUCUUUUACCCGAGUGA